UUAAAAGAUUAGGCCUUAGCUUUUGAUCCGUACGCGGCCCAGGAUCCACGGAAGUCGGGUCAACACCGGCCCAAGUCCAGCGUGCCCAUAAAUCAUGAACGAGGUUUUGUUCUUCUUCGAACAACUUCUGCGACGCACACGAAUACACGAUUGGCUCUGACUUCAACACUCUGAUCUCAGUCGCGGUGUAGCUUCACGCCACGGCCUGAUAACCUCACCCACGUCUCCGAUCGGUGAGGGGUGUCAUGUGUCUCUAAUCGAGCGUGGUCCACGGUGUUAUUUUGUCCUCACCAACGGCGUUACGCACGAAAGAGAUGAAGAACAUGAAUUGGUAAUUCCAAACGCGAGCUACUAACCAUACCCAAUCUCGACGGAUUCGAAGAACAGACGGAGGAGGCACUCCGAAAUUGCACCAAAAUCGUAUCACGUACUGGAUUCUUAAGCUCGAGUCGAUCGGGUUAGUCUUCGAAUCCGAACGAUGCCUUGAACUCCACCAUCAUCAGCUCGCGUCGAUCCAAAACUGUGCAGGCAUGAAAACAACAAGCCACGCGUCGUGGAAGUCGGAUAGAAAGGCUUAUCGGAUUGAAGCUUCAAACUGCACACAGGGAAAGAUUGAAGCAGAUUAUGAAACAGGAUGUGAGGAUUUGAAGCAGAUUAUGAAACAGGAUGUGAGGAUUUGAAGCAGAGGGUGAAGGUUGAAGAAGAAUGAAUGAAGAAGAAGAUUGGAGAUUGAAAUACAACUGAAUUUUCUCUCUUUGUGAUGGAAUGAAGAAGAUGGAAUGAAGCAAAGUUGAGUUUUCUGGAAAUGAAAAGGUAUAUAUAACAAUGCAAUUCGGUUAUGCAUAAGUCAGUUAGAAAUGAAAAGUUCUGUUAGAACAAGUUCAGUUUCAGUUAAUCAGUUUUUUUGUGGUUUUGAUUCUCUGUGCCGUAUCCGUUAGUUAUAGUGGAAUGUUGUGAGCUGUUAAACAAAUUCAAAUUCAUUUUAGUUAGGAAGGAUUGUCACUUAUGUGUUUUGCUGAAAAAUAAAGUGCAGGGUUUCAUUUUGUUAAAAUGCAUGUAUGCUCUUUCUCCUUUGCUACAAAUCUGCAUUGCAUUUUUGGAUAUUGGAUUAGUUGGUGACUACUCAAUGGCGCGGCCUUGCGACAUAGCUCCCAUGAAACCUUGGCAACAUUGGCUUAUCACUUGGAGUUGCACACUACCGCCGAUCCUUUCCAUGUUCAGUUUGUGAGGGAUCUUCGUUGAGUUCGGUGUUACCAUACCCACUGUUUUUAGCAUCACAAUCCUCCAUUGUUUCUGGUAUGUUUUGAUUUUCGUAAUUACACUUCUUGAACUCUGUUGCAGGUGGAUCGAUUAGUAUGUUAGUGAUGUGUUUUCAGGAUAAUUCAAAAUGUUGUGAGUCCGUUAGUUGCGACAAAUUAUUAUGGAGUUUUUGUUAGUGAAUUAGAUCGAUAUAUGUUUGUAUUUUAUACUGUCAUUUUCCGGAAACCAAAGUAAUUGGACAUCAAAAUGCACACGAGGCUCUCCUUUAUUCAGGCAGAAUUGAAAUUAAAACUGCCAUGUUGUUAUUUUAAUGUUAAAAGGUCAACUUCCAAGGACCACAACUUGCUCAAUUUUUGUGAUAUGAAGACCAUAAAAGUUUAAUGAUCCAUUUCAAGAUUUCUUCUCCAAUUUUUCUGCUUUGAUAAAGGUCAAUUUUCACUUUCAAGGGCAUGUACUAAGAGGAAACAUUAUAGGUCAUUUUAGGUCAUCAUUAUUGAACAAACAUUUUUCCUCAACUUCUAAAAUCCAUAAAUCCCUCAUGCAAGAUCCAAAUGGUGUCAAGUUUGUGACCAAAUUGAAUAGGAUCGAAAGAUCUGCAACUUUGAAGAAGGGACCAAAGUCAUUUGAAGCUCAUAGCAAAAGUUACUCAAGGUGGAAAAGUGGUCAUUUGACUUUUAACUUAGAAAAGUUUCAACUAUGUUUGAUUCCUCCAACUUCCACCCCAAAAUUCAUCAUGAUCCAAGCCUCAAAUGAAAAAAGUUCCAACAUAAAAGUUGUUCCCAUUCAUGCUAGCUUUCCAAAGAGUUUAAGAUCAUGACAUUUGGAUCAAAAUUGAGGGACUUGCGCACGACUCCUUUGUUUGGUUUGUUUUGGCAAUCUUUGCACUCAAAUGAUAAUUCACAUUGCAUAGUUUCAUGUUAUUACUUCAGCAUCAAUUGCACACGAAUUGGAAUUGGAUCAUAUCAUUAUUUGGGCCUUGUUGCAUGCCUAUGCAACCAUGCACACCAAGUUGCUAUUUUUGGCCAUUUUUUGGAAGUGCGUGGAAAUGAAUCUUUGAGCCUAUAAAUACAUGUCAUUUUGCUCAGAAUUGAGGACCUUUGACUCAAGCUUUGAAUUGCGAACUCUCCCUACCUCCAUUGAUAGAAUUUCUUGAAAUUUUUUCUUGAAAUCGAGUUUUGAUUCCCAUUCCGUUUUGGAAUUGAAACUCCAAGAAUUUAAAGCCCUUUUGCAUCCAAAUCAUCUCCUGUAAGCUAAUAGAAGCAAGGUCAGUGGAAUUGAAAUUGAGAUUGAGCUUCAUCAUUGCAAAUAGAAGGUGAAUUUUCAGAAACUUUCAUUCUUCCAUUCUCCCUCAAUUCUCCAUAAUUUAUCUUAAUUUUUGGUUGACUGAAGUCUUACCAAUAUAGGCAACAAGAUUGAGAUGCUUUAAAGUCAAGUCGAAACAACUCAAUUCAUACACCUCAAUUUUCAAUUCCACACAUCUCUUUAUAUAGUGAGAAUUGGAAGAAAUGGAGGUCAGAUUCUUGCUCCUCGUGUUUUUCUCUUCAAAACCAUGUAUGGAUCUUUCAUUUUUGUUAAAGUUUCAGUUUGACCACUCCGGUGGAGGCCACCGGAGAAGAUGACUGGAACUAGGGCUCCGGUGAUGCGUUGGCACAAUCCAAGCCAUCUGAUUUGGUUUCCACGUUCUAAUCUUGGCCUUUGAUUUGAAUUACCAAUGUUGCUACGUGUUGACUCAUGUGCAUGGUGGUCUUGAUGCGCAUGACCAUCAGAUCUGCCACCUCAAUUAAUGAGGGAGAUUUGAUGAUCCUUGUUUUUUUUUCUAUUUUUAUUUUAUUUUUUUUAAUAUUUUAAAUAGCUUAUUUUGUUUAAUUCAUAAUAAUUUUAUUUUUAAUCUAAAAAAUAUGAGACUUUUACCAAAAAUCUUUCAAUAAUUUUCUAUUCCAUAUUUUGAAUUAAAAUCAUUUUUUUGGAUUAUAUUUGAUAUUUUUUGUGAAUUAAAUUGUUUUUGACUUGUUUUAAAUAUUUUUAAAUACUUUUGACUUUCUAAAAAUUCUCAAAAAAAUUUCUAAGGUCCUUUGACCUUGUUUGACCUAUGAUGAAUACCUUGAUCAUUUAUUUGACAAUUUGAAGGGAUUUGAGGUUUUUCCCUUUUAAAAUGCAUUUUAUUUCAUUUUUAAAUUUAUUUUCAAUUGUUUCAAUGUUUAAAAUUAUUGUUGAGCUAUUUAGUUGACCUUGUGUUGUUUCAUCUUCUGUUUGGCCUUGAUCAUGGUUGAUUUGAACUUCCAUUUGAUCAAUACUAUUGGAUUUAGGGGGUUGAUGAAAUGUACACUUCAUCCCUCAAGAUGAAUGAAUAAUAUUCAUCAGAUGAAAUUCCUCCCAUGAUCAAUUUGGGUUCCCAUUUCCCUCUUCAUCUUCACCUCUCUUCUUUCCUAAUCCAUCAUUUACCAAUGAUUUCUCUACAAAUCAAAUGUUAGUUGAUUUAUCAAUAACCUUGGGUUAGAUGAAUCAACAUGAGUCUGAUUAAGAUAUGUCCAUCCCAUUUUAUUUUUGAGUGUGGUAUGCUUUAGGAGCUUGGUUCUUUGUACCAUGUCUCUAACAUGCAUUAACACCAAUAUGUUUAUUGUCCGACCUCAGAUAGUUGUGACUUCUACAUAAGUCCAAUUACGAUUGUUUAACAUAGAGCUAAAUUUGUCCCAAAUGCAUAACAUUCUUGUAAGUGGGAUUGUAAGUUUCCCAUUUUUCAUGUCAUUGUGUGAAAACUUGACCUUUUUUCAAUUUAUGUGAGCUAUUGGCAUACUUGUUGAUUUAUCCAAGUUGGAGCCCUUCUCAUAUAUGAUGUCUUGGUUCAUGUUUUCAUACUUGUGAAUGGAUGGUUGAGUGUUCUCUAAAGAAUGACUUCAACAAUUGAAUUCUUCACUAACAUUUCUUUGUUAUUGUUUUAUCUUUAUAUUCAUUUACUUAAUGUAAUUUAAAUCUUAGUACCUUUAUCAUUUAUUGGCAUUUAUAUUUCAUGCAAGAUGUUUAUGUUUUAGUCCUUUUCACUUUGCUCACUUGAGUCAUAUCUUUGUGAUUCUAUAUAUUUUGUGUGUUUGUGAUUUUGUUCUGUUUGUGGUCUUAGAACCUUAAAAUACCUAAUAACAACAAAAACUCUAAAAAAAUGUGUUGAUGGGCGGUUGGACCUCUGCCCUUGGCUUGAUCUGAACUUUUGGACUUAGAAUAGGCAACCUCCUCAUGCUUUGAAGGAUUUAACCAAUGCCAUUAGUUGAGACCGAGUUACUUUGACUAUGUCAUUCAUCUGAUGCAAGCCUUGAGAUUUUCCUUGGUUUAUAUGUUACUCUGUCUCUGUGCUUAAAUUAUUAUCUUGUUCUUAUUGUUUAUAUCUGAUGAUUAUUUCUAUGAGUUCACCACAAGGAAUAUUUCAUCUGAUACAUUUGAAGACACUGAAGACUGCUUUCUUUUGGAAUGCUUGUUGGGAUUCUGACUAUCUUUAUUUGAUGUGGUUUGUUCUUCAUAUUAAUUACUUGGACGAUUAUGUUUAUUGCUUGCUUAAAAGUCCAAAGGAAAUGGAUUUCUAUCUGACAUUCUUGUCUCGUGUAUUGCAUCCCAUUGGUCAGAUAUUUUCAACUCCAAACUUUUAAAUUUUGUCUAGGAUAGUCCCUUCAUCUCCUCCCACUUCUUAAAUUUCAAAUUCUCUUCCUCAUUUUAAAAUCUUUCUUUGUUUGUGUUUUCAUCUUUUGUUUUAAUGAGUAGAAACUUUGGCCUUAUGCCAUUAAUUUUCAAAACAUUUUCUUAAACAAACUUGUGAAUAAACUUAAUCAUGUUGACUUAACUUUCAAAAGACAAAAAGAACUAACAAUCUCAUUUAAUUCUUUGGCCACUUUGUGCCAUUUUAUUUUAAAACUUUUGCAAGAGAGUAUUUAGAUUUGAGUUAUAUAUGGUUGAGAUAUAAUUCUCCCAUUCCAUGAUAUUGAUUAUAAGUCUUUCCAUUUAUUAGGGGUUAGUGGCAUACUUGUUGAUUGAAUCCAAGUUGAAGCCCUCCCUCUUAAGUGUUGUAAAGCGCUCAUUAUCGGUGGACGUUUGGUUGAGUAUUCUCCCAUUGAUAAUAAAAGAUCUUUAAACUUUUGUUAAAAUUAAUCCAUCAAUUUCUUUGAAGUUUUUACCACGAACUAUGGAGUUUUGAUCCCUCAUUUUUAUGUUGGUACGUAGGCAUAAGACUGAAGGUCUUGUCAAACACAAAAAUAUAUUUAAUGAAUUCUUUCCUCAUCCCCUCAUUCUAUUUUAUUUUAUUAAACAUCAUUUUCAACUAAAACACUUACACACAAAAAGGCUCCCUAGGAGUACCUAUGACACUUUGGGUGCUAAUACAUUCCCUCUGUGUAACCAACCCCUUUACCUGUAAUCUCUGACAUUUUAUUAGUUUUAAUUUGAAAAGUUCUUAUCUUUGAGUUUUGUUAGUACUUUUCCCUUUUCCUUUGGAAACAAUAAAAGUGCGAUGACGAUUCUGGUUUUAUUGACGUUGAGUUUAUACAUAGCUCAAUGGUCACGAAUACACCGCUACAGAAAGAAAGUGGCGACUCUAUUGAGAAGUAGUCCUCAGUGGGUUUAACAUACUUUUUGUGUGUAUUAUAUUGUUGAUAUUUGAUGUCUGUUGGUAUAUAUGUAUGAUACUCUGUCUGUUGUAUUUGGUGAUCUCUGUGCGGUGAGAUAAGUUCUAAUAUGAACAUGAGUGCAAUUAAGAUAGGAGGAUGGUAUAGUCAUGUUCAACUCGUGUGAAGUAGUCCUUAACGAGUUGACUUGAGACCCAUUUACUCAGUGGAGACCCCUUGGAAUUACUGAUGUCACACAAGUAAAUCGUGGAUAAACAUUACUUUUUCCGACCUGGAAGUCCGAGAAACUAAGGACCGUAAAACAUUUAACCCAACUUGGCAUAUUUAGGACGUAGUGCGGAGACUGUUCAAGUGUAGAUUUGAUAAUAAUUGUUACGCGAUACUAAACUCAUACGAGUUUCUCUUGAGAAUACUAUGGGUUGAUGAGUCAGUCAUCCAGACCCACAAUAUCCGAUAAAUGGGAUCACAACUCUGGGAACUUUUUAGAAUAUGAUCUACAUGUUUUUAUCCUUAGUACACUCCUAAGAUGAUUCUUGACCUGAAUCUAUGCCCGUGACUCAUAAUAAACCCGUUAAUUCUCGGUUGAUCUGAUCAGUUAUUGUCAAUAUCAAUGGAACUUGUGUGUUGAUAAGGUGAAAAACCUAAAUCCACCAAAAUGGAUGAUUCAUCUUGAUAAUGACUUGAUCCAUCUCGUGACCUUUGUUUAUGUCUGCCUUGUGUGUGAUUGUUGCAUUCAUGCAUUCAUACACAUCAUAACAUUCAUCACAAUAAUAAUUUUUCAAGGAACUAAAGUCAUACUUGCAAAUAUUUCCAGACCAUGGAUUGUGGACCAAGGAAUACUAAAAAGUACAAUUUCAGAUGUCCUGACUUGAAAGAGCUAAGGAAGAUGUCAUCCUUUGUAGUUGAUUCCUUAGAUUUCAAGAAACGUCAUGGGAAACUUCUAUUUGUAUUAUCUAUCGAAGUUUUGGAAGGACUCCUGAGUGUCUUGAUCCAGUUUUAUGAUCCUCUUUACCGGUGCUUCACUUUUCCUGAUUAUCAGCUCAUUCCCACGUUGGAAGAAUAUGUCCAUCUCUUGGGUAUACCCGUAUCUAACAAGGUGCCUUUUAGUGGAUUAGAGGAGAUUCCGAGGUCUCAAGUCACAACCAAAGCUAUUCAUUUGAAGAAAUCUGAGAUCGACACUGAUAUGAUAAAGAAAGGAGGGAUUCUAGGGUUGACUUAUGAGUUUCUCAUCGGUAGAGGUACUACUUUUGCUCAAACUGUUAGCAUGGACGCCUUUGAAGCCAUCUUUGUCUUUCCAUCUUUGUCAUGCUCAUCUUAGAGACUUAUGUCUCUCACUAAUGAUGAUAUUGUUUGGUAUGAUUCUGCUUUGGACAACUUGGAUAUUAUUGACUUUUGUGGUGAGUUCUUUAAUGCGCCUCUCAUUGGUACACAAGGAGGAAUCAACUACAACCCUGAUUUGGCCCAUCGCCAGCUUGGGUUCCCAUUGAGAGAUAAACCUAAUAAUGUUCAGUCAUAAGGUAUAUUCUAUCAAGAGGGUAAAGAUUUCCAAAAUUUUAAGAGUAGGAUGGUGCAUGCUUGGCACAGUGUUCAUAGGAAGGGAAGAGUCAAGCUUGGUCCAUGCAACUGUGUAACUUUUGAAGCUUACACCACUUAGGUGAAGAAGAGAGCCUUGGAGCUUAAGGUGUCGUACGCCUGCAAAAAGAUCUAUGUCUAUGGUUAUGGCUGAGUUAUCAACUCCCCCUAACCAAGAUGUAUAGGAGUUGGAAGAUGCACUUGCCAAGAUGAAGCAAGAGAGGGACCUUUGGGAAGAUUGAUUCCAUGCUUUGAACCGAGAGCACGUAGGGUUGCAACUUGAGUGGAAGGACAAGGAUGCACUCAUUGAGGUUCUUGAAGAGCAUGUAGUGAAGAGACAAAGAGAGGCAAAGGAUUUAUUUUCCUCUAGUAUGCCUCAUCCUUCCGGUGCUUGGAAGAAGAUUGUUGAUCAGCUCGCCCUCGAGAAAGCUCAGAUGCAGACAACUUUUGAGUUAGAGAUCAGACGCAUACGAAGGAAGUACACGCCCUUAGCCAGUUCAGCUGAUUCAGUUGCUAGGGAUCCUUAGGAUGGUAGUUUCCUUUUCUCUUGUAUAUGUAUUUUUGGUUUCUGAAAUUGUACUCACAAUAAUCCUUCCAAAUUUUAUGAAUAAAAAGAGAUGUUUAUGGCCAAACUGUUAUUAUUAGUGAUUAUUAUUAUUAUUAACUAAAAUAUUUGCAAAUAAGGCCUUGUAUGUUCCUUGAAAUCAAAAUCAAAAGCAUUGCAUUUCACGCAUCAUUUGCAUAACAGGUUUCUUCAGCCAAAUGUCUUACUGUUCUUCCUCUUUGUAUUAGACAAGUUGACUCAUCUCUAUAAUACUCGAGCUAAUCACCAAAGAAGAAUGGAACAUCUAGAACAAGAGAACAAAGAACUCAAGGAUGAGAUUUCCAGACUCACUGCUUUGAUGGAGUAUGUGAUUGUUGCUCAGAAUCAACCAUCUCCUCCUCCUACAACUUCUUCUCCUCAAAGGACUGUUAUCUCUAAAAUUACUUCAACGUUAGUGCCUGUAGUUGCUUCUAGCCAGUCUAUGCCAACCAUGCCUGCUGGAUUCUCGUGGGGAAUGCCGCCGAACUUUGUGCCUGAAGGAGAUGCUCCAACGUUUGCUUAUAUGCGGGCAUCUAGCCUGAUCAUGUCAACUCCUCCUCCCGUCGUGCAUAUUUUGCCCCGUGUUGAGGAAACCAUCUAUCAUUCUGAUUCAUCUGAGGGGCCCGAUGUUUAUGAGAAGAUGGACGAGAUGAAAGACCAAUUUCUUGAGCUGAGAAAGGAAUUGAAGACCCUAACGGGUAAGGACCUGUUUGGUAAAAGUGUUGUUGAGUUGUGUUUGGUACUCAACGUCAAGAUCCCUGUCAAAUUCAAGGUCCCAGAAUUUGAGAAGUAUAAGGGAAAUACAUGUCCUAUGAGUCAUCUUGUAAUUUAUGCUCGCAAGAUGUCUACUCAGACAGACAACGAUCAGCUACUCAUCCACUACUUCCAAGACAAUUUAACUGGUGUUGCACUACGGUGGUAUAUGGGCUUGGACAGUGCUAGUGUUCGUACUUUUAAUGACUUGGGUGAUGCUUUCGUCAAGCAAUAUAAGUAUAAUUUUAAUAUGGCCCCCAAUCGGGAUCAAUUGCAGUCAAUGUCUCAGAAAGAUAAGGAGACAUUCAAGAAGUACGCCCAAAUAUGGAGAGAGUUUGCUGCUCAAAUUAGCCCACCCUUGGAGGAUAAGGAAAUGACCAAGAUCUUUUUGAAGACUCUGAGUUCAUUUUAUUAUGAACACAUGAUUUCCAGUGAUGCUAAUGAUUUCACCAAAAUGGUGAACAUGAGGAUGCGGUUAGAGGAAGGUGUCAGAGAAGGUCGGUUGUCUAAAGAUGAAGCAUCUUCGAGCAAGAAAUAUGUUGGUAGUUUCUCCAAAAGGAAGGAAGGGGAAACCAAUGCAGUGUCUGUAGGGAGGCAUAAGAGACCUCUUGUGAGGAAGAAUUCCCAGUCUCGUCAGCAUUAUCAUCAAGUAUCAUCAAGUAUUCUUGUUUUUACUAACAACUCAACAAAUCAAUCAAUUCCCGUUCAGCAACAACAUCAACAACAACCGCAACAACGUACCAACAAUAAAAACAACAAUCAUCAUCAGAAUUUUUUUUUGAGAGGAAGAAGGUCACUUUUGACCCUAUUCCAAUGACUUAUGCAGAAUUAUAUCCUUUUUUGGUUGUCAAGAAUCUGAUUCAACCAAGAAAUCCUCCACAUACUCCUGAACCUUUGCCAUGGUGGUUCAAGCCUGAUCUGCAUUGCGCUUUUCAUUAGGGAGCUCCCGACCAUGAUAUUGAAAACUACUAUCCUUUUAAGCAUGAGGUCCAAAAACCGAUCAAGAGAGGUAUGAUGUCCUUUAAGGACCAAUCACCUAAUGUCAAAGUAAAUUUGUUGCCUGCUCAUGACAAUGCUUAUGUGAAUAUGGUAGAUGGUUGUCCCGGGAAUUUUAGGGUUUUCGAUGUUCGUCAUAUUCGACAAUCUUUGGUAGAUAUCCAUAGAACUUUGUGCUUAAUCAGUGACUGUGAACAUGACCAUGAUGAUUGUGUUGUCUGUAGUAUCAAUCCUUGAGGAUGUUUAAUAGUUAAGAGGGAUAUUCAGAAACUGAUAUAUGAAGGUAUAAUUCAGAGCCAGCAGUCCAGACAUAAGGGCAAUGAUGUGAAUGUUAUCGUACCAAUAUUCAAGACCCCCGAGCGGGUAAUUAUUCAAUUUGAUAGCUGCAAGAUUGUUAAUUGAUCGGCAUCACCGUAGGUUAUGAGGUUAGUGAGCCCCGUCCCAUAUUCAUUCGAUAGAGAUGUGCCUUAUAAAUACAAUGCCACCAUGAUUAAGAAGGGGCAAUAGGUUCCUAUUACCACCACGAGUUCAGUGGUAAGCAUUGUAGAUGUCGUCAAGGUGACCCGUAUCGGUCGUGUAUUUGGCCCUGUAUCUCCAAAAGUUAUGGAAGAUGUUAUGGUGGGCAAGAAGGCAGAUGUUCCUACAGUUGAUCCGAUUAAUGUUCCAACUUGUCAGUCUGGUGAAUCCAGCGAGUUGAAGAUUAAUGAUGAUGAUGAAGUUCUGCGUUUAUCAAGAAGAAUGAGUUCAACUUUGUAGAGCAGCUGCUCCAAACACCAUCAAAGAUUUCCGUGUUAUCGUUAUUGAUGAACUCCGAAGCAUGUAUAAAGCCUUUGCAGAAAGUGUUGGAGUAAGCAUAUGUAUAGCAUGAUGUUACAGUGGAUCGGUUUGAUCAUAUUGUUGCUAACAUCAUUUCUUGCAAUAAUCAGAGCUUUUGUGAUGAAGAACUUCUUGAGGAAGGUAGAAAUCACAACUUGGCACUCCAUAUUUCUAUGAACUACAAAGAGGACGCUCUAUCCAAUGUAUUGGUGGAUAUUGGUUCAUCAUUGAAUGUAUUGCCCAAGUAAACUUUGGCAAGACUGUCUUAUCAAGGCGCACCAAUGAGGUACAAUGACGUGGUGGUAAAAGCGUUCGAUGGUUCCCGAAAAACUGUCAUUGGAGAGGUGGACCUUCCAAUUAAGAUUGGUCCGAGUGAAUUUCAAAUUACUUUCCAAGUAAUGGACAUUCAUCCGGCCUACAGCUGUUUACUAGGAAGGCUAUGGAUUGACGAAGCUGGUGCUGUGACAUCUACUUUGCAUUAGAAGAUGAAAUUUGUUAAGAACGACAAGCUCGUCAUUGUUGGUUGAGAGAAAGCGCUUCUAGUGAGCCAUCUGUCAUCCUUUACCUAUGUAGAAGAUGAAGAAGAAGUAGGAACACCGUUCCAAGCUUUAUCUGUUGCUGAUGAAGUAUAGAAGACUGGGGCAUCCAUGUCUUCUCUAAAAGAUGCAAGAGAGGUUGUCCAGGUUGGCAGCACCGACAAGUGGGGUCGUGUCAUAGAGGUUAUUGAGAACAAGAAUAAAGCUGGGUUGGGAUUCCAGCAAGGUCCGUUCAACAACAGUGUCAAGGCUAUGCAAUAAGUUUUCCGCAGUGGAGGGUUCAUUCAUGGGGAUGAACAACACUCAGCUGUAGUUAUUGAAGAUGAUGAUGAAAACGAAGCUUAUACCAACUUUGUGAUGCACAAACAGAUUUGCAACAAUUGGGUUGCUGUUGAUGUACCUAUUGUUAUGCACCAUUCAAAGUAAUUUUUUUAUUGUUAAAGAAAAAUCAUUCUCCUAUGCUUAAGGGAAAAGUGAAACAUUGUUGGGCAUUUCAAAUUUAUCAUCAAUAAAAAUACAAUUUUAUUCAUCCACAUUUAUGAUGUCUAUUUUUACUUUUUGCUUUUUCUGAAAAUGGUAAUCACAAAAAACAUAAAUAAACAAUAAUUUAUUCCCAUGUCUGCAUAAUAUUUGUUUGCAUUGCAUUUCUCUAAAAUCAAAAUAUCAAAUCAUUAUGCAAGUUGGUUCUCAAACCCAUUGAACAUAAUGAUCCUACUCCCUCUCCAAACUUUAAUUUCCCUAUGUUUGAAGCUGAGGAAGAGAAUGAUGAUGAAGACGUGUCUGAGGAAUUUUCCCAUUUGCUUGAGCACGAGGAAAGAACCAUUCAGCCGUUUGAAGAGCAGAUUGAAUUAGUCAACUUGGGUUCCGAGGAUGAUAUCAAGGAAGUUAAGAUUGGGUCGCAGCUUUGUCCAGAUGUUAAAAAGGGGUUGGUUGAGCUUAUCCGAUAAUAUUCUGAUGUGUUUGCUUGGUCUUAUCAAGAUAUGCCAGGUCUUGAUAUUGAUAUUGUGGAGCAUAGAUUUCCUUUGAAGCCAGAAUGCCUGUCGGUCAAGAAGAAGUUGAGAAGAACUCAUCUUGAUAUGACAGUGAAGAUUAAAGAGGAAGUGUAGAAGCAGAUUGAUGAUGGUUUCCUUGUUACCUCUGAGUAUCCGUAAUGAGUGACCAAUAUUGUGCAUGUUUCAAAGAAGGAUGGAAAAGUAUGCAUGUGUGUUGAUUAUAGAGAUUUGAACAAAGCUAGUCUGAAAGAUGAUUUUCCUCUGCCACACAUUGAUAUGUUGGUAGACAAUACAACUAAAUUCAAAGUCUUUUCAUUUACGGACGGAUUUUCCGGUUAUAAUCAAACCAAAAUGGCACCCGAAGAUAUGGAGAAUUCACAUUCAUUACACCUUGGGGAACAUUAUGUUAUCGAGUAAUGCCUUUCGAUUUAAAGAAUACUUGUGCAACGUACCAAAGAGCCAUGACCACUCUUUUCCAAGAUAUGAUGCAUAAAGAGAUUAAGGUAUAUGUUGAUGAUAUGCUUGAUAAAUCAAGAGAUGAAGAAGAACAUGUUGAGCAUUUAUUGAAGUUAUUCCAGCGUUUGAUAAGUAUAAACUCCGCUUGAAUUCCAAUAAGUGUACUUUUGGUGUUCGCUCUGGUAAUUAAGAGAUUUUGAUCUUCAAUGGUUGAUGCCCUUGAAUCUCGCCGUCUUCAAAUCCUCCGUAGUAGCUAUAUUCUCCAGUGCAAUGUUUUUCUCUCAUACGUAAAAAAGUCCCAUUCUCUUUCUCUCCAAAAUCUUCUAAUAGCCUCAAAUGGUUUUUUCUCCCA